CAUCUAUCUGAUCGAUCAAUGGCAUCAAAGAAACUAAUGAUGACAAUAUUGUGGAUUGUGUUUGUUUUCUUGCAAAGCUGUGCAAAUGGAAAGCCACAAGUACCAUGUCUCUUCGUGUUUGGGGACUCGUUGUCGGAUGAUGGGAACAACAACAAUCUUGUGACUCUGGCAAAAUGCAAUUAUCGACCCUAUGGGAUUGAUUUCCCCAAGGGGCCUACCGGAAGGUUUUCCAACGGUCGUAAUAUGAUCGAUUUCCUUGCUCAACUUCUGGGAUUCGAGGAUUACAUCCCACCCUUCGCAACUGCUAGAGGCAAGGAAAUACUCAAAGGUGUCAAUUACGCAUCUGGUGCAGCGGGAAUUCGCAAUGAAACUAGUGGACAAAAUCAGGGCGAUCGGAUAAGCAUGGAUAGGCAGUUGAAAAAUCACGAAACCACCAUGUCGGAGAUCAACCGGAUGUUGGGAAAUAAUCAUAACACGACCGUAGAGUACCUAAGCAAGUGCAUAUAUUCUGUUGCAAUAGGUAGCAACGACUACCUUAGUAACUACUUCUUGCCGCAAUACUACCCUACCAGCCGCCUAUACACCCAACAGCAAUAUGCCGUUGUUCUCAUUGACCAAUUGUCUCAGCAAUUAACGACUUUGUACCAGUAUGGGGCAAGGAAAUUGGCCGUUUUCGGCUUGAGCGAGAUAGGUAGUAUUCCACUCGAACGGAGUUUAUGUGGAAAUGGAACGAAGGGCUCUGCGUGUGUGGACAACAUCAACAAUGCGGCCCAACUUUUCAAUGACAGGCUUAAAUCACUGUUGUCACAGCUCAAUAACAAGCUAACAAAUGCUACUUUUAUCUUUAUAAACGCUACUGAAAUCGGGGCGACCAGUCCGUCUCUAGCUUCCAUGGUUGCAGAUGUUCCCUGCUGUAAGGUGUCGAACAUUACUGGGCUAUGCAAGCCUUUUGGAAAUACAUGCAGUAACCGGAGCCAGUAUAUCUAUUGGGAUGCAAUCCACCCCACUGAAGCCAUGGAUGCGUUGUUUGCGGGAAGGGCAUACAAAGCUCAGUCUCCAAAUGAUGCUUCUCCGUUUGAUAUCAGCCACCUCGCACAGCUCUAAUAUGGGAACAGGAUUCUCAUCAUAGCGAGUCUAUAAUAUAAUAAUCAUCCUUGCUUGGAUUUUCGUUCCAAAGUGCCCCAAAUCUAUGACGACUCAUAAUAAAUAAAUAAAGUAUAAUAAUGUUCUAAAUUGUGAUCACCUAAA